UUCUGUUUUGGACACCCCAUUCUGAUAUAUUGACCAGCCAACCUCUACUUCUAUUCUCUUCCCUUCUCUACCACUCAAUAGCCAUUUUAGUUUAAAUGCUCAAACAGGGACGAAGAAAACAUUCUACAAAGCUAAGAUGAAUCACAUCCAGCGAAUCGGUUAUGAUUUUCUCAUAGCUUUUCUCUCAACCUCCGUACUCGUUCUCAUCAUCUUCCUCAUAUUCAUCCUCGUCUGUCGAAAAAAGCCCAUCCAAUCCCAAGAAACACUCCCCACCAAGCUCACAGCCACGCCUUUUCCGUUGACCAACAUUGACACAGCCACCGAUGGCUUCAACCGCCGGAGAAUCAUCGGCGAGGGUCGCUUGGGGACCGUAUACGCCGCCGUUUUGGACCACCAAGGAGAACUCAUCGUUGCCGUGAAACGCAUUCAUCCCAGGCUUGUUCUGAGUAAUGCCGGAUUUGGAUUCUCCGCAGUACUGAAGUCGCUCUCUUUGGCCCAACAUCCGAACAUAGUGCCGAUCUUGGGGUUUUCCGAAGCACCGGGGGAGAGAAUUGUGGUGUCUGAGUUCGUGGGCUCGGCGAGCUUGGAUUUCUAUCUGCACCAAAACCCAGAUGGGGUUUCGCUCCUGGACUGGAGCCGGCGACUCAGGAUAGCCGCCGGGGCGGCCAAGGGGCUCGAGUACUUGCACCAAGGGGUGGCGCCGAACAUAGUUCAUGGCUGCGUUAAAGCUUCGAACAUUCUUAUUGAUGUGAAUUUCUGUGCCAGGAUUUGUGAUUAUGGGCUUGGCUUUUUGGGUCCCAGAGAGCGAAGAGGUCUAGUGGGACACGUGGACGAUGAGUAUUGGGCAGAACAUACAGCUUGCAAAGAGAGUGACGUGUAUGGAUUCGGCGUCGUUUUGUUAGAGCUCUUGACUGGGAGACAAUGUGAACAAGGUUUAUUGGUUAAGUGGGGUUUGCCUUUGAUCAAAGAGAUGAGGUUUAAUGAGUUGUUAGAUCCAAGAUUAGUGUUUCCUUCUGAUGUUAAACCUUUUGUUCGGUUAGGUAAAGUUGCUUUGGCUUGUGCUGGUAAUACCAGGAAGAACAGGCCUUCGAUUGGUCAAGUGGCAGUUAUUUUGAGUAACUUGGAGAUUAGCUACUAAUAUGUGUAUGGGAUAUAUUUGGAGGUGAAGUGGAAGAAGGAGAACGUUGAAUGGAGAGGUUUAACAGUAUAAUUUUGUCUAAUUUGGCUAGCCAAUUCAGUGGAUUUCCGUGUUGAAAUGGGCAAUACAUAGUUUUAUAUUAUUGAAAAUUUGAAAGUGAUACAAUUGUACAACAAUAUGAGAGUGACAACUUCUAGUUUUUCCUUGUUUGAUU